CCAGACAGGACGCACUUUCUCCGAGUUGCCGCCAUUCGCCUACCUUGGCGUGUGUGUACCGUUAGUUCAGCUGCCUGUGCAGAGUGGGAAAAUUAAGCGGGGAAGCCCCGAAUCAAAGUCAGCUAACCAAAUCGAAUCGAGUUGGAAGAAACUUUUUGGCUAGUGCGUGAAGAAACUCCCAAAAUACUUAAAUCACUCCCUCUGUGGCAGCUCCCGCGCAUACAAGUGUGUGUAAGUGUCUGUGCGUGUGUGUGUUCGUUUCCAAAACUUCAGCUCGAGUGUGUUCACAAAAUAUACAAAUUAUUAACCAAAAAAAAAAGAAAAGAAAAAAUUAUACAAACGACCACUAAAAAUUGCAUUCAAUAAUAGCCAAUUAAAAAUGUUUGCUUAAACGAACCAAGAUAAAAAUCCAAUUUAAAUAAAAGUUUUUUCGUUACAUUCACCACAUAAAGGCAAUAUGCAAAUAUUAAAUAAAAAACACUCAGAAAAUGUUAAACAAAAAUAAAUGAAUGCAAAUUAAAAAGCACGAGGAAAAACAAAAACAAAUAACAACAGCAACAAUGUGUUCAUAACUAUUAAAAAACGGAGAUUAAAGAUAAAAACAGAGGCUUAAAGUAACGCAUUAUGCUAAAUCGAAACCAAACUCACUUGAAUCUCUACUCUCGCAUCCAUGUUUCUGCAUACGUAUCUGUAUCUGCAUCUGCACCCGUACCCGCAUCCGCAUCUGUAUCCGUAUCUUUGCAUCUGCUGAGCGAAUGAGACGAAGUAGGAAACAUGCCAGCUAAAUUCCAAUCCAAAACCCAGAAUCAAUACAUCAAUCAGUCCAGCAACAACCAAUCAAGCAAUUUUUUCAUCAAUUUGCAACUGCCAUCAACUCAUCAACAAUAACAACUGCAAGCAGUACUGCAACAGCAAUCCCAACUUAAAUGCCAAUAAUUAAAUGCACCCAACCUAAGCAAAUAAACUAAAAUAAAUCUAACCAAUAAACCUAAAAAUAAAAUAGCUUAACACCACUCGAAGGCGAACAAAAAGCGAGCAAAAUUUAAUUUUCAUAUUAAUUAUGGAACAUUCAUCAACAAUUUUGUUGUGUUUGUUCCAUUGCCAAAACAAAAAGGUCGCCGAUUGUUUGCAGCUGCAGCAACAAGAAGACCAGCAACAACGACCACUGGGAAAAUCAACAACAACUCUAGGGGAAACAGCAACAAAAUCAACCAGAAGACCAACAACCAAAGCAGGAGCAGCAACAUCAGCAUCCCAGCAGCAACUUCUUGGACAGCAGCAUUCAGCUUCAUUUCGACAAAAUUGCUGGAUAACAUCUAACAACUGAACGAAACAACGAUACUAAACUGUACUAAAAAUAUAAGGAUCACAAAUUACCAGAAAAUUAACCAGAACAACAACAGCUACCUAAGGUUUCUCAAACUCUGAAAACAAAUAACUCAAAAAGAAAAAAAAAAACCAUAUAAGCAAACCAGAAAAAAGUGCAAAUUAUGUAAAUUAUAGCAAAGGCAAAACGCAAAGGGAAACCCGAAAAGCAAACGAAAGAGAAUUAGUCAAAUAGAAACAGCGGAAAAAUCCAGGAAAAAAAUAAUAUCUGUGACCGGACGAAACCGGAAAUUAAAUCUGCAACGCUGAACCAAAGUGGAGAAGGAAGAGCUAGCGGGGCCACAACCACAACCACAACCGCAGCAAAAUCCGAGGCGAGUGGAAGGAAAACGCGUGCCAAAUAUUUGCUCAAAAAUACCAGAAUAAAAUAAUAAUCAAAGGCGCUCCCCUGAGCGAAACCGAAGAAUUGAGAGAUUCCAGUUUUCGACGAGAUAGUUUAAGUGUUCCAUGAAAGCUGCGUCGCAUUAAAUAAUCUGCGGUGGGACUUCAGGGACCUUCCAUUGUUGAGCUCUGACCCACACGGCGCAUUGUCUCGGUCUUUUGUGCUAAUCAUCGCUAGUUGGGAGCUCCGGGAGCAGGAGCGCUGGCCAACUAUUUAGCCAAGGUGACGAGGCAAGGAUUGCCAGGCACUUUGCAGCGCAACCACACCAACACCAACACCAGCACCCACUCUGAAAGGAGGCGGCGGAGCAGGAGGGGCGGGGCAGCCAUUCAACCCAAGAGUCACGCGAUACAAACAAGCCAAGGACAUGGACUCCCCGCUGCCAGCGUCGCUGUCGCUGUUUGUCCUGUUGAUCUUUCUGGCGAUAAUUAAAGAAAGCUGUCAAGGACCGCACGAGAAGCGGCUGCUGAACCACCUGCUCUCCACAUACAACACACUGGAGCGACCCGUGGCCAACGAAUCGGAGCCCCUGGAGGUCAAGUUCGGACUGACGCUGCAGCAGAUCAUCGACGUGGAUGAAAAGAAUCAGAUUCUGACCACAAAUGCGUGGUUAAAUUUGGAGUGGAACGACUACAAUCUGCGCUGGAAUGAGACGGAAUAUGGCGGGGUCAAGGACCUGCGAAUCACUCCCAACAAACUGUGGAAACCCGACGUGCUCAUGUACAACAGCGCGGAUGAGGGAUUCGAUGGCACGUAUCACACCAACAUUGUGGUCAAACAUAACGGCAGUUGUCUGUACGUGCCCCCUGGUAUCUUCAAGAGCACAUGCAAGAUAGACAUCACGUGGUUCCCAUUUGAUGACCAACAUUGCGAAAUGAAAUUCGGUAGUUGGACUUACGAUGGAAAUCAGUUGGAUUUGGUUUUGAAUUCCGAAGAUGGAGGGGAUCUUUCCGAUUUCAUAACAAAUGGCGAGUGGUACUUGCUUGCCAUGCCGGGAAAGAAGAACACGAUAGUCUACGCCUGCUGCCCCGAACCAUAUGUCGAUAUCACCUUUACUAUACAAAUACGUCGCCGUACAUUAUAUUAUUUUUUCAAUUUAAUCGUGCCAUGUGUGCUAAUCUCAUCGAUGGCCCUUUUGGGCUUCACAUUGCCGCCGGACUCGGGCGAAAAGCUGACGCUGGGCGUAACUAUACUACUAUCAUUAACAGUAUUUCUAAACCUUGUCGCCGAGUCCAUGCCGACAACGUCGGACGCUGUUCCUCUUAUAGGAGUUACAAUUCUUCUAUCGCUCACAGUGUUUCUCAACCUUGUAGCUGAGACAUUGCCCCAAGUAUCUGAUGCAAUCCCCUUGUUAGGCACCUACUUCAACUGCAUCAUGUUCAUGGUCGCAUCGUCGGUGGUGCUGACAGUAGUGGUGCUCAACUAUCACCAUCGCACAGCGGACAUCCACGAGAUGCCACCGUGGAUUAAAUCCGUUUUCCUACAAUGGCUGCCCUGGAUCUUGCGAAUGGGUCGACCCGGCCGCAAGAUCACACGCAAAACAAUACUAUUAAGCAAUCGCAUGAAGGAGCUGGAGAUGAAGGAGCGCUCCUCCAAGUCCCUGUUGGCCAAUGUCCUCGACAUCGACGACGACUUUCGGCACACAAUAUCGGGCUCCCAAACGGCCAUCGGUUCGUCGGCUAGCUUUGGCCGGCCAACAACGGUGGAGGAGCACCACACGGCCAUCGGCUGCAAUCACAAAGAUCUUACCCUAAUUCUCAAAGAAUUGCAAUUUAUUACGGCGCGCAUGCGCAAAGCUGACGACGAAGCGGAAUUGAUCGGCGAUUGGAAGUUCGCGGCAAUGGUUGUGGAUAGAUUCUGUUUAAUUGUUUUCACGCUCUUCACGAUUAUUGCAACGGUUACCGUGCUGCUCUCGGCUCCGCACAUAAUCGUGCAAUAAGGACGCUGGAAUUAUACAAUUAAGCUACGGAUAUGGAAACGCCCGAGUGGCCGGGGAGAUGCCUAGUUAAGUUCUUUUUCAAAAACCAAAAACUAGCAAAGCUGCUGCGAAACAAAGCAAAAAAAAAAAAUACAAAAAAAAUAAUACAAAUAAAAAAUUGUUAAUUACAUUUUUAAGUAAACAAACAGAGCAAAGAAAAUAUCGCAAGAAAAACAAAACGAUACAAAAUCAUGUACUAAACAAAAUUUUAUGGACAAACCAAACAAAAAGCAAAAAUUACUGCCGUACAAGAACCGAAAAAAGUGUUAAGUAAGCUACACACAUACACACACAGACACAAAAUUAUAAGAGUUAAGCAAACAACAAGAAAUGAAACAAAAAUUUGCAUACGAAUAGGCAAAGAAAGAGGAGGGGAGAUGGAGGGGCACAAGGAGGAGCAGGACGAAAAUAAGAACAAAGAAACAACGCGGGACAGGACACACAAAGGUUACAUGCGUAUACCCACUGUAUACCCACACAGACAGACUCACAUACAUCUAAGUAAUUGUAUGUACAAUAACAGAGUUAUAAGUUAAUUAAUAUGCUGAGUUGUUAUAAUUUAUGUAAGACGAACAGAUGACAGACACACACACAUACGCAUACACUUAAGAUAUAUGAUAUAUAUAAGAGAUUGUUCCUAUGAGACAUUAGAUAUGUAUUUAAAAUGGCAACACACUCACGUACGGAGACACACCGACACAGAAGCACUUAAUUGACAAAUGCAAAAACAAGGGAAAGUAACCAUUUAUUUGUUGGAAAGUGUAAACAGGAGACGAACAGGAUGUUGACCCUUUGUUGUAUGCUUUUUCAAGCUUUAAUAUUUUACUUUUCUGUUUUCAUUUUGGGAUCACGUGGACCAACAAUAUUUUGUUUGAUUUCCUUCAUUCCAGUUUGCAAACAAAAUAUGAUCCCAAUGAAGAAACUUUUACGAAACUUGCUUUUAUUCAUAUUUAAUCCAUUGUACAUUACUUUGAUCAAAUUCUCACUUCUAGUUUUAUUUUACUUAACGUUUUUUUCACUUUUGAAGAGUUGCUUGGAAGAUAGCUGAUUGUAAAUGGUAACAAACUGACACAUAAUAAUGGAUAUAAACAAAGGUCUAUAUAUACAUACAUAUACUCAUAGUGAAUUGAAUUAAUUUUUAAAAGACGCAUUAACGAACACAUUGUGGGGAAGUAUGUUCGUUGAACAUCAUGUUUUUAGAAAAUUUAUUGUUGAAAUAUUGUAGCAAAUUGAGUAAGCAUAAAGACAAACGACCCGAGGGCAAAACAAACCGAGUUAUAGUCACCAAUUAAUUAGUCAAAGUAAUAAUAAACGGAAAUCGAAAACCAGAGAAACCAAAACCGAACUAGCAAUACAAGAUGAAAAGGUGUAUAUAUAUUUUAUGACACAUAUAUCACCGCAUAUAUACAUACACAUAUAUAUAUAUGGAUAUAUUUUUAAUAAAACGAUACGGAAACGAGCAAAACUAAAGACACUAAGCAGCGCAAGAACAGAACAGAACAGAACCCCACUAAGCCAACCAACCAACCCCACUCAAUGCCACUCGAAAUCACCAAGACACGAAUCACAAUUUUGUUGGAAAUUUCACAUAGUUUUCGGAUGAGUUCUCUCUGUCUAUAUCUGUAUCCCUGUGUAUUCCUAGAAACGAGCUUCGAAUUUUGUCAACUAUUUUACUAUGCUCUCCCCUGACACAAAGCAAAACAGUGAUAUUUACGGUAUAGCCCCCAAAAGACAAACUCAUACUCGAACACUCUUUCCGGAACCCACCUAAGAAACCUUUAAACGUGAAUAUUUUUUCUAAACAAAAACCAAAAUCAAUGAAAAACCUACCUCCUUGUUGAAAGAGAAGAAUCGACGAAACGAGCGAUCAGAUGGAAACCGAAAAUGGUUGAAGGACGAAGAAGCAUAGCAGACUGCCGAGUUAAUCGCACUCCUUUGUCCCCUCGAGUAAUCCUUUCUUACGUUGUCCUGCCCAAGAGAAUUUCUAACAGAAUUGUGUGACAAACCAGUUUUGAUAGCCAGACAAAAAGUUUACUUAACGGAAAGCAAAUCGGCCCUAUUAGAUACACCCGCUGUCAGAUGGAACAACCCAAUCGAGUGCUGAAUCAACUGAAGGAACUGCAGAUCAGAUUUAAGCGUUAUAUGUGUAUACACUCACUUUGUAUGUUUUAUUUGCAUUUACAUUUAAAUUUAGAUUUGAUAUGAGACGACUUUUACUUACGCCCAGAGCGAUGCGUAAUCCUACCGAAAACUGCUCUGUCCCCAUGAGGUUGUUGUUUUUCGAACGUUAGUCAAAUUCGAGUGUGAAUUCCAAUUCGAAAUCCGAUUCAAAUUGAAAUUGAGAUCUUGAGUUAAAGCGGUAUUGAACACGUAUGAGAAUCCGAGUCAGAAUGCAUUGGAAAUCGAGAGAUAGAGUUGAGAAGGGUGUGUGCGUUUUAAAUUUAAUUUUUUUAUAAUUAAUUUAGUGCUAAUCUUUGAGCAGCUAGGCGCAUAAUUAGAGCUAUGUAUAUGUGUAUGGAUGUCUUUUUGAUAAAAAGAAGCUGUUUUAAAAAGCAAACCAUUUUCUACACUCUUUAAAAGAUUGAACUCUACAUGUACGAGAUUAUGUAUAAUACAAGUAAUAAUAAUAUAGCGUUAACUAGGCAAUUAUAAAAUGAGGUGACCUGCAGAAGGAGCCAUAAACUAAGCGUCCUACAUUAGGAGAGGGCAACCUACGCGAUUACCCGAGAAAACGUAAAAAAACGAGAGGAGGCAAAAACUAAAACGAUAAACGAAUUUAAAAAUGAAAAUGAAAAUGAAGUUACCGCAAAACCAAACUUGUAGUAAAGGAAAAUGUUUUUUCAUUUGAAAACUCUACUACUUACUUACUACUAACUUACUUUGCAAGUAAUAACUAAUUUCCUCUGAUCAGAGUUACACGCAAUCGCGAAAUGCAAAAAGCUAAUUACAAAACGGUUGGUACACGCCCACACACACAGUCAGACAUAAAGCAUUCGAAUUGUUCGUAUUACAAAAUAAAGAAAUCAGCAAACCGAAGAGUUCGAUUUUCGUUUCAAUUGCACUCCGCAUGUUCAACCCCAGGGCAAUUAAACAGAGUUCAACAAUAAAUAGCGCAUUAAAAACCGAUUCGAGACACUUUUUUAAACAAGGCAAAUAUAUUUAAAAUUUAGCAUUAAACUAAAUGACAAGAAAAACUUAGUCUAUAAACUGCAAAUGUUUAGCACUAAACUCUCCCAAGCAGAGGCCUGCAAACCAACCCGAACCCAAAUCCAAACCUCAGCCUGUGUCCCGAGUCUAACUACCAAAUCAAUUUAAAUAGCUAAUUGCAUAAUUAUUAAACCGUUAUUGAAUUUCUGUCGAUUGCCAAACGCGAGCAAAACCAUAAAAUCUUCCCAAAAAUUAUGCAUGUAAAAACAAAUGGCUAAAACCGAAAAAAAAAAAAAUUAGCAAAAAGUCUGUUGUCGAUAAACAUUAUUGACAGACAAAUAACUUUCGUCACAUUGACGAUAAUAAUUAAUUUUAAGCCAAAAACAAAGGAAUUAAAUGAUUUAAAUAAUAAAAAAAUUAAUAUUAAAA